AGAGAACGAAGAUGGAGAAAUCUUAAGAUUCUUGCAUCCACCUUGCGGUUGCGUUUAUGAUAUCAAUCAAACAGUAAGUGCAACAUCAUACCGGCUACCUGUCUGAGUUAAUCAGACUGUCUGUCGCUGCGUGUUCUUUUGCGAACACAGAUGUGCAGCAGCUGGCAUCGACUACAUCUACAGCAGCCGCAAAGUCGAUUUGAAGAUAAAGGUUUUUAUAAAGUGAAGUUGAGGAAAGCGAAUCAUUCGCUUUCUUGUUUCCAGGGCCACCCCCGCCUCUUUUGCAAUUUCAUAGCUUGAAAGGCGACCGCUACGAAGACCGAGACCGCCACAUGGGCGAUCGCUACGAAGAGCGAGAACGCGACCGGGACCGCUCUCCCCGAGCUGUCAAAGAGAGUUCGACCUAUGACAACCGGGAUCGGGACCGUGACCGUGACCGUGAGCGCAAUCGGGAGCGCGAUAGGGUGGACCACGACAGUAGCUACAAGGGCGGGCACAGAGGCGGGUAUGACGGCCCUUACGAUAAAAGCUAUGGAAUAAAAGGAGGUCCUUAUUACGGAAGCGGACAUUUUGGAGGUCGUGGUCGUUCGCGAUCUCGGUCUCGUACCCCACCGAGGAAGCCGGUUGUUGGCACGUCGCGCUACAGUUAGCGGAGGGUCGCUGCUGCUGCUUUUGGUGUCGACGUGGUUCGCGGGAAAGAUGAUAUUGUUACAUCUUCCCGAUCCCGAGUGGCCAUUUAAUAUUGUGAUUUCGUUUCGCUCUACCUUCAUUUUGUUCUUGAAGCACACGGCGGGCGGCUUGGUGUCGGAGCCCGAUUCUUGGCACGUUUGGCGUCGCAAAUUAUACAGCAGCGCGCUCGGGGGCUGGGAGCGCUUCCAUGGUAGGUAGUUCACAUUCCAUUUUCCUGCUCGACUUUCACCAUAGACUUACGAUUGAGUAUGAAAAUUAUAGGAGGGACAAAUCUCUUCAUUCGCCCUGUUGUGCUCGCCUCGGGUCUCUAGGAUGUGAAAGAAUCGCUGCAGACCUUCACUGGCAGACGUGCGCAAAAAUGUGGCAGCUGUAGUACAACUUCUGCACAUCGGACAGACUGUAUAUAUGAAUAUCUCGUCGAAGCCCGGGGGCCGAAAAUUGGAUAAAGUGGAUACAGACUCCAUUGAAAUACCUACACAAAACAGGGGCUAAAGCCGAGAAGUCGAAGGUUUUCGACUCACACACAGGAUUGUGCCGCGCAACUACGAGCGAUAGACUCGCCUGGAUGCUUGUCAACGUCAAACGGUACGGAUUUUAAGCGUCAUUUUUUUGCAUUUUUGCCGAAUUUUUAUUCAUCGCCUGUUGUUUUGCCGAAUUUUUUACAUUUUGUUUGCGAAGUGUCUGUUAUCAUAUCAUGUUGUAUGUUCACGGUUGUUCUUUGCCACUGCUAGUGCUAGAUCGUUGCAGUUUUCCCCGAACUUUUUUGCCCCAGCGUUCUUGAACGCUGCUGUUUGUUCCCUCACAGGUGGACUAGGCGCGCAGUGGGAGAGGCAAGCGCAAAGCGAAAUACUUGUGCCUACUACAGAGCCCCAUCCCGCACGGGGAUAAAUGUGCUUGAAGUUGUUGUGAAUGGUCCACAGUCCUCGUGGGCUGCCUGUGAAUCAACAGCGUGGUGGUGCCCAAGAGAAAAGUUUAUGGUCAAGUAUCUCAGAACGCCAGAAAACUAACAACAAUACGUAGCCGCAGUGUCACCAGAAAAGGAUACUAAGCAGACGAGAUAUCACAGAAUAUUACACGACGCGCACGCAUCGCAAGAAAUAACCUAUUGAUUGAUUCAAGCCCGACAGGAGUCGUGAUGUAUAUGGAGAUCAGAAAAAUA